CCCUCCUGAGCCUCCAUGGGGCUGCCACUAGCUCGCCUGGUGGCUGUGUGCCUAGUCCUGGCCUUAGCCAGGGGCUCGGAGCUCCAGAAAGAAGCCAUAUCCCGAAACCAUGUCUGCAGCACCUGGGGCAACUUCCACUACAAAACCUUUGAUGGCGAUGUCUUCCGAUUCCCUGGCCUCUGUGAUUACAACUUUGCCUCUGACUGCCGAGACUCCUACAAGGAAUUUGCUGUGCAUCUGAAGCGGGGCUCGGGCCAGGCUGGGGGUCACCCCCAGAUAGAGUCCAUCAUCAUCACCAUUAAGGACGACACCAUCUACCUCACCCACAAGCUGGCAGUGGUGAACGGGGCGAUGGUCAGCACCCCACACUACAGCUCCGGGCUCCUCAUUGAGAAGAACGAUGCUUACACCAAGGUCUACUCCCGUGCUGGUCUCUCCCUCAUGUGGAACCGUGAAGACGCACUCAUGCUAGAACUAGACAGCCGGUUCCAGAACCACACCUGUGGUCUCUGUGGGGAUUUCAAUGGCAUACAGACCUAUUAUGAGUUCCUCAAAGAAGGCAUACACUACAGUGCCAUUGAAUUUGGGAACAUGCAGAAGAUCAACACGCCUGAGGAUGAGUGCCAGGACCCGGAGGUGGUGCAAGAGCCAGAGUCUUGCUCUGAGCAUCGAGCCGAGUGUGAGAGGCUGCUGACCUCCACAGCCUUCGAGGACUGCCAGGCCCGGGUGCCCGUGGAGUUGUAUGUGCGCGCCUGCAUGCAGGACCGUUGCGCGUGUCCUCAGGAUGGUGCCUGUGAGUGCAGCACCCUUGCUGAGUUCUCCCGCCAGUGCUCCCACGCAGGCGGCCGACCUGAGAACUGGAGGACUGCCUCACUUUGCCCCAAGAAAUGCCCUGGUAACAUGGUAUACCUGGAGAGCAGCUCGCCCUGCAUAGACACCUGCUCACAUCUGGAGGUCAGCAGUUUGUGUGAGGAACACUACAUGGAUGGCUGCUUCUGCCCAGAAGGCACUGUGUAUGAUGACAUCACGGGCAAGGGCUGCGUCCCUGUGAGCCAGUGCCACUGCAAGCUGCAUGGGCACCUCUAUCGGCCAGGCCAGGAGAUUACCAAUAACUGUGAGACCUGUGUCUGCAAGGCUGGUCGCUGGGAGUGUGAAGAUUGGGAAUGCCCUCAGACCUGUGCCCUAGAAGGUGGCUCCCACAUCACCAGCUUUGAUGGAAAAAAGUUUACCUUUCACGGGGACUGCUACUAUGUCUUGACCAAGGGCCAGCACAAUGACUCCUAUGCCCUCCUGGGUGAGCUGGCCCCCUGCGGCUCCACAGACAAGCAGACCUGCCUGAAAACUGUCCUGCUACUUACUGACAACAAGAAGAACGUGGUGGCCUUCAAAUCAGGUGGCAGUGUGUUACUCAAUGACCUGGAGGUGACCCUGCCCCAUGUGGCAGCAAGCUUCUCCAUCUUUCAACCCUCUUCCUACCACAUUGUUGUGAACACGGUGUUCGGGCUGCGGCUACAGGUUCAACUGGUCCCAAUCAUGCAGCUUUUUGUGACUCUGGACCAGUCUGCCAAGGGACAGGUGCAGGGUCUCUGUGGAAACUUCAACGACCAGGAAAAUGAUGACUUCAUGACGUCUGGCGGGCUGGUGGAGGCCACGGGUGCCGGCUUCGCCAACACCUGGAAGGCCCAGUCAAGCUGCCAUGACAAGUUAGACUGGCUAGAUGACCCCUGUUCCCUCAACAUUGAGAGCGCCAACUAUGCUGAGCACUGGUGUUCCCUACUGAAGAGGUCAGAGACCCCUUUUGCCAGGUGCCACCUGACUGUGGACCCCACUGACUACUACAAGAGGUGCAAAUACGACACGUGCAACUGUCAGAACAAUGAGGACUGCAUGUGCGCAGCUCUGUCUUCCUAUGCUCAAGCCUGUGCUGCCAAGGGGGUCAUGCUGUGGGGCUGGCGGGAGCGCGUCUGCAACAAAGAUGUGCACGCUUGCCCCAGCUCACAGAUCUUCCUGUACAACCUGACCACUUGUCAGCAGACCUGCCGCUCCCUCUCAGAGGGUGACGCUCACUGCCUUAAGGGAUUUGCCCCUGUGGAAGGCUGUGGCUGCCCUGACAAUACCUUCAUGGAUGAGAAAGGCCGCUGUGUGCCCUUGGCUAAGUGCUCCUGCUACCACUACGGACUUUACCUGGAGGCAGGAGAUGUGAUCCUGAGGCAAGGGGCGCGCUGCAUUUGCCGGAACGGGAGGCUGCAAUGCACCCAGGUCAAAUUGCUUGGCCACACCUGUAAGCACCCCAAAAUCCUUGUGGAUUGCAACAACUUGACUGCUCUGGCCACCCGGGAACCCCGCCCCACUAGCUGCCAGACACUGGUGGCUGGCUAUUACCAUACAGAAUGCGUCAGCGGUUGUGUGUGUCCUGAUGGGAAACUGGACGAUGGCCGUGGUGGCUGUGUGGAGAAGGAGGAGUGUCCUUGCAUCCACAACAAAGACCUAUACAAUCCUGGGGCCCAGAUCAAACUGGACUGUAACAACACCUGUACUUGCCAGAAAGGACGCUGGGAGUGCACCCGUUAUGCAUGCCACAGCACCUGCUCCAUCUAUGGGAGCGGCCACUACAUCACCUUCGAUGGGAAGCACUAUGACUUUGAUGGACACUGCUCCUAUGUGGCUGUCCAGGACUACUGUGGCCAGAACUCUACUGGCUCCUUCAGCAUUAUCACCGAGAAUGUCCCCUGCGGCACCACAGGCGUUACCUGCUCCAAGGCCAUAAAGAUAUUUAUAGGGGGGACAGAGCUGAAGCUGAUGGAUAAACACCGUGUGGUAAGGCACUUGGGAAAUAGGCACCAUGUGCCCUACAUCACACGGAAAGUGGGCCUGUACCUGGUAGUGGAGGCCAGCCCUGGUAUUAUCGUUAUCUGGGACAAGAGGACCACCAUCUUCAUCAAGCUGGCUCCUUCUUACAAGGGCACUGUAUGCGGUCUGUGUGGGAACUUUGAUGACCAGACCAAGAAUGACUUCACCACUCGGGACCACAUGGUGGUGACCAGUGAGCUGGACUUUGGAAAUAGCUGGAAGGAAGCUUCCACGUGCCCCGAUGUGAACCACACCCCAGACCCCUGUGCCCUAAACCCACACCGUCGCUCCUGGGCAGAGAAGCAGUGCAGCAUUAUCAAGAGUCAUGUAUUCAAAGGGUGCCACAGCAAGGUGGACCCCACGGUCUUCUAUGAGGCCUGUGUGCAUGACUCCUGCUCCUGCGACACGGGUGGUGACUGUGAGUGUUUCUGCUCUGCUGUGGCCUCCUAUGCUCAAGAAUGCACCAAGGCAGAGGCCUGCGUGUUCUGGAGGAGGCCGGACCUAUGCCCUGUAUUCUGUGAUUACUACAACCUCCCAAAUGAGUGUACAUGGCACUAUGAACCGUGUGGGAACCGCAGCUUUGAGACCUGCAGGACCAUCAACGGCAUCCACUCCAACAUCUCUGUGUACUACCUGGAGGGUUGCUACCCUCGGUGCCCUGAGAACAAGCCCAUAUAUGAUGAAGACAGAAUGAGAUGUGUCACUGAGGACCAGUGUGGCUGCUAUGUUGAUGGCAUUCACUAUCCACCCAAUUCUUCAAUUCCCACUAAGGAUAUCUGCGAGUCUUGUAUGUGCACCAACACUUCAGAAAUCGACUGCGGUCCAGAUGAAGGAAAGGUUGUUAACGAGACCCAGGAUGGUGUCUUCUGCUACUUUGAGAUCUGUGACUCCAAUGGGACAAUAGAACAACACUUGAAUAUUUGUUUCUCCUCCACGCCACCUCCAUCCACCCUGACAAGCUUCACCACAGUCUCUACCCCUAUUUCCAUCUCCACCACCACCACCACAACCACCGCCACUGCCACCACCAUUACCGCUACCGCUACCGCCACGGGCACGAUAACUAGCACUGAAGUACCAUGCUGCUGGACUGAUUGGAUCAACAACAACCAUCCUAGUGAUGACAGUGAUGGUGGUGAGCGAGAGACCUUCAACAGCGUCUGUAGUGCUCCUGUGGACAUUGAGUGCAGGUCAGCCACAGACCCCACACUCAGCUGGCAGGAUCUGGAGCAGAAGGUACAGUGUAAUGUCUCAUUUGGGCUCAUUUGCAAUAACGAAGACCAGUAUGGAAACGGAGUAUUUGAACUUUGUUAUGACUAUGAGAUACGAGUCAAGUGUUGCUCUCCAGAGGUGAGCUGUGCUACUUCAACCCCCUCACCCCCAUCUUCACCAACAACCUCACCUACCUCUUUACCAACAACCUCACCCACAACUUUAACCACAGCCUCACCUACCACUUCACCAACAGCCUCACCUACAACUUCACCAACAACUCCACCUACCACUUCAACAGUUUCACCAACUACUCCAGCUACCACAUCACUAACAAGCUUGCCUACCACUACACCAAUCAUUUCAUCUAGUGCUACACCAGUGACUUCAUUUACCACUUCACAGACAUCUUCACCAACCACCUCUGUUACAACUUCACCAACCCCUUCACUAGGCACCUCAACUGCCUCAUCACCAAGGACCUCACCUACCAUUUCAUCAACCUUGUCUACUCUGUCCUCCACCACCACCAUCACCACCACCACCACCACCACCACCACCACAAGCACUCCAUGCAUUAAAAAUAAGUGCGAGUGGACUGGUUGGACAGAUUCUGGCAAACCCAAAAAUGAUAAAAACAGUGGAGAUUUUGAACUGAUUGGAGAUGCCUGUAAACCAGGUUGGGAAGUAUUUAACAUCUCCUGCAGAGCUGUGAUGUAUAACAAUAAACCAAUUGAACAGCUAGGACAGAUUGUCACUUGUAACACAGAAGUUGGGCUAGUGUGUAAAAAUUCAGAUCAGAAAUUAGGAGGGUUUAUCCCAAUGCCCGUGUGUGUCAACUAUGAGAUCAAUGUUGAGUGCUGUGAGUGCUGUAAGCCAGAAUGCUCCACUACGACACCACUUUCAACCAUUACUACAGUGACUACUAUCCCAACAUCUACCAAAACAGUGACUCCAUCCACACUAUCUACAACCACAGAGACGCCAACCCCAAAAUCGAUUACCACACAGACCACAACACAAACUUCUACCAUAGAAACUUCCACACCCAGAUAUACCACUACAGAGACAACCCCAACAGCUACUACCACAGGAACCUCAACUCCAGUAUCUACUUCGACACAGACCACAACACCAACACCUAGUCCAAGUAGCUCUACUCCAAGAUCUACCACCACAGAGAAAACAACUCAAACACCGACAAUCACAGUUCCUACAACCCCAACAGCUACUACCACAGAAACCUCAACUCCAUUAUCAACUACCACACAAACAACAACACCAACACCUACUCCAAGUAGCUCUACUCCAACAUCUACCACCACAGAGGCACCAACCCCAACGGCAACCAGUGUAGUGACUCAAACACCAACAGCUGCCACUCCAGUUACCUCAACUCCAAUAUCGACUACCACACAUACUACAACACCAACACAUAGUCCAGGUCCCUCUACUCCAACAUCUACAAAGAAAGAGACACCAACCCCAAACCCAACAAGCAUAGUGACUCAAACCCUAACCCCUACCACUACAGAAACAUCAACUCCAUUAUCUACUUCAACACAGACAACAACAACAACACGUAUUACAGGACCAUCCAGUUCAACAUCUACACCCACAGACACACCAACCCCAACUCUUACCAUCACAGUGACUCAAAAACCAACACCUAUCAUCAUAGAAACCUCAACUCCAACAUCUCUUUCUACACAAACUACAACAACAACCACUAGUGUAGGUACCUCCACUCCAACAACAAUCACCACAGAGACACCAAUUCUAUCAUCCACUAUCACAGUUAUAUCAACACCCACACCUACUACCACAGAAACCUCAACACCAAUAUCUACUACCACACAGACCACAACACAAAUUCCCAGUCAAAGUACCUCUACUCCAACAUCUACCACCACAGAGACACCAACCCCAACUCAGACUACCACAUUGACUUCAAAACCAACACCUACCAUCAUAGACACAUCAUCUCCAACAUCUCUUUCUACACAAACUACAACAACAACCACUAGUGUAGGUACCUCCACUCCAGCACCUACCACCACAGAGACACCAAUUCCAACAUCCACUAACACGGUGAUUUCCACCCCAACACCUAGUACCACAGAGACCUCAAGUCCACUAUCUAGUAGCCCUAAGACUACAACACCAACACCCAGUCCAGGUCCUUCAACUAUAACAUCUACCACCACAGAGACACAAACCCCAAAUACCAUAGUGACUAAAACCACAGCACCUACCACCACAGAAACUUCAACUCCAUUAUCUAUUACUACACAGACAACAACAACACGUAUUCCAGGACCCUCCAGUCCAACAUCUCCCCCCACAGAGACUCCACCCACAACUCUGACUACUAUAGUGACUCCAACCUCAACACCUACCAAAAUAGAAAUCUCAACUCCAACAUCUCCUUCUUCACAAACUACAACAACAACCACUAGUGUAGGUACCUCCACUCCAGCACCUACCACCACAGAGACACCAAGUUCAACGUCCACUAUCACAGUGACGUCAAUCCCAACAGCUACUAACACAGAAACCUCAACUCCAAUAUCUACUACCACACAGACCACAACACCAACACCUAUUCCAAGUAGCUCUAUUUCAACAUCUACCACGACAGAGACACCAACCCCAACUCUGACCACCACAGUUCCUACAACCCCAACACCUACUACCACAGGGACCUCAACUCCAUUAUCUACUACCACACAGACAACAACUCCAACGCCUAGUCCAAGUCCCUCUACUCCAACAUCUACCACCACAGAGACACCAACACCAACCCCAACAACUGUAGUGACUCAAACCCCAACAGCGACCACCACAGAAAUCUCAACUCCUUUAUCUACUACUACACAGACAACAACAACAACACGUAUUACAGGACCAUCCAGUCCGACAUCUCCCUCAAAAGAAAAACCAACCCCAACUCUGACUACCACAGUGACUCCAAAACCAACACCUACCAUCAUAGAAACAUCAUCUCCAACAUCUCUUUCUACACAAACUACAACAACAACCACUAGUGUAGGUACCUCCACUCCAGCACCUACCACUACAGAGACACCAAGUCCAACGUCCACUAUCACGGUGAUUUCAAGCCCAUCACCUAGUACCACAGAAUCCUCAACUCCAAUAUCUACUACCACACAGACCACAACACCAACACCUAGUCCAAGUACUUCUACUCCAACAUCUACCACCACAGAGACACCAACCCAAACUCUGACCACCACAGUUCCUACAACCCCAACACCAACUACCACAGAAACCUCAACUCCAAUAUCUACUACCACACAGACCACAACACCAACACCUAGUCCAAGUACCUCUACUCCAACAUCUACCACCGCAGAGACACCAAACCCAACUCUGACUACCACAGUGACUCCAAAACCAACACCUACUACCACAGAAACAUCAUCCCCAAUAUCUACUACCACACAGACUACUACACCAACACCUAGUCCAGGUCCCUCCACUCAAACAUCUACCACCACAGAGACACCAACACCAACCCUAACAACCGUAGUGACUCCAACCCCCAAACUUACCACCACAGAAACCUCCACUCCAUUAUCUCCUACUACACAGACAACAACAAAACAUGUUUCAGGACACUCCAGUCCAACAUCUAUCCCCACAGAGACUGCAACCCCAACUCUGACUACUACAGUGACUCCAACCCCAACACCUACCAUCAUAGAAACCUCAACUCCAACAUCUCCUUCUUCACAAACUACAACAACAACCACUAGUGUAGGUACCUCCACUCCAGCACCUACCACCACAGAGACACCAAUUCCAACAUCCACUAUCUAUGUGACUUUAAUCUCGACUCUUACUACCACAGAAACUUCAACUCCAAUAUCUACUACUACACAGACGACAACACCAACACCUAUUCCAAGUAGCUCUAUUUCAACAUCUACCACGACAGAGACACCAACCCCAACUCUGACCACCACAGUUCCUACAACCCCAACACCUACUACCACAGGGACCUCAACUCCAUUAUCUACUACCACACAGACAACAACUCCAACGCCUAGUCCAAGUCCCUCUACUCCAACAUCUACCACCACAGAGACACCAACACCAACCCCAACAACUGUAGUGACUCAAACCCCAACAGCGACCACCACAGAAAUCUCAACUCCUUUAUCUACUACUACACAGACAACAACAACAACACGUAUUACAGGACCAUCCAGUCCGACAUCUCCCUCAAAAGAAAAACCAACCCCAACUCUGACUACCACAGUGACUCCAAAACCAACACCUACCAUCAUAGAAACAUCAUCUCCAACAUCUCUUUCUACACAAACUACAACAACAACCACUAGUGUAGGUACCUCCACUCCAACAACAAUCACCACAGAGACACCAAUUCUAUCAUCCACUAUCACAGUUAUAUCAACACCCACACCUACUACCACAGAAACCUCAACACCAAUAUCUACUACCACACAGACCACAACACCAAUUCCCAGUCAAAGUACCUCUACUCCAACAUCUACCACCACAGAGACACCAACCCCAACUCAGACUACCACAUUGACUUCAAAACCAACACCUACCAUCAUAGACACAUCAUCUCCAACAUCUCUUUCUACACAAACUACAACAACAACCACUAGUGUAGGUACCUCGACUCCAGCACCUACCACCACAGAGACACCAAGUCCAACGUCCACUAUCACGGUGAUUUCAAGCCCAUCACCUAGUACCACAGAAUCCUCAACUCCAAUAUCUACUACCACACAGACCACAACACCAACACCUAGUCCAAGUACUUCUACUCCAACAUCUACCACCACAGAGACACCAACCCAAACUCUGACCACCACAGUUCCUACAACCCCAACACCAACUACCACAGAAACCUCAACUUCAAUAUCUACUACCACACAGACCACAACACCAACACCUAGUCCAAGUACUUCUACUCCAACAUCUACCACCACAGAGACACCAACCCAAACUCUGACCACCACAGUUCCUACAACCCCAACACCAACUACCACAGAAACCUCAACUCCAAUAUCUACUACCACACAGACCACAACACCAACACCUAGUCCAAGUACCUCUACUCCAACAUCUACCACCGCAGAGACACCAAACCCAACUCUGACUACCACAGUGACUCCAAAACCAACACCUACUACCACAGAAACAUCAUCCCCAAUAUCUACUACCACACAGACUACUACACCAACACCUAGUCCAGGUCCCUCCACUCAAACAUCUACCACCACAGAGACACCAACACCAACCCUAACAACCGUAGUGACUCCAACCCCCAAACUUACCACCACAGAAACCUCCACUCCAUUAUCUCCUACUACACAGACAACAACAAAACAUGUUUCAGGACACUCCAGUCCAACAUCUAUCCCCACAGAGACUGCAACCCCAACUCUGACUACUACAGUGACUCCAACCCCAACACCUACCAUCAUAGAAACCUCAACUCCAACAUCUCCUUCUUCACAAACUACAACAACAACCACUAGUGUAGGUACCUCCACUCCAGCACCUACCACCACAGAGACACCAAUUCCAACAUCCACUAUCUAUGUGACUUUAACCUCGACUCUUACUACCACAGAAACUUCAACUCCAAUAUCUACUACUACACAGACGACAACACCAACACCUAUUCCAAGUAGCUCUAUUUCAACAUCUACCACGACAGAGACACCAACCCCAACUCUGACCACCACAGUUCCUACAACCCCAACACCUACUACCACAGGGACCUCAACUCCAUUAUCUACUACCACACAGACAACAACUCCAACGCCUAGUCCAAGUCCCUCUACUCCAACAUCUACCACCACAGAGACACCAACACCAACCCCAACAACUGUAGUGACUCAAACCCCAACAGCGACCACCACAGAAAUCUCAACUCCUUUAUCUACUACUACACAGACAACAACAACAACACGUAUUACAGGACCAUCCAGUCCGACAUCUCCCUCAAAAGAAAAACCAACCCCAACUCUGACUACCACAGUGACUCCAAAACCAACACCUACCAUCAUAGAAACAUCAUCUCCAACAUCUCUUUCUACACAAACUACAACAACAACCACUAGUGUAGGUACCUCCACUCCAACAACAAUCACCACAGAGACACCAAUUCUAUCAUCCACUAUCACAGUUAUAUCAACACCCACACCUACUACCACAGAAACCUCAACACCAAUAUCUACUACCACACAGACCACAACACCAAUUCCCAGUCAAAGUACCUCUACUCCAACAUCUACCACCACAGAGACACCAACCCCAACUCAGACUACCACAUUGACUUCAAAACCAACACCUACCAUCAUAGACACAUCAUCUCCAACAUCUCUUUCUACACAAACUACAACAACAACCACUAGUGUAGGUACCUCGACUCCAGCACCUACCACCACAGAGACACCAAGUCCAACGUCCACUAUCACGGUGAUUUCAAGCCCAUCACCUAGUACCACAGAAUCCUCAACUCCAAUAUCUACUACCACACAGACCACAACACCAACACCUAGUCCAAGUACUUCUACUCCAACAUCUACCACCACAGAGACACCAACCCAAACUCUGACCACCACAGUUCCUACAACCCCAACACCAACUACCACAGAAACCUCAACUUCAAUAUCUACUACCACACAGACCACAACACCAACACCUAGUCCAAGUACUUCUACUCCAACAUCUACCACCACAGAGACACCAACCCAAACUCUGACCACCACAGUUCCUACAACCCCAACACCAACUACCACAGAAACCUCAACUCCAAUAUCUACUACCACACAGACCACAACACCAACACCUAGUCCAAGUACCUCUACUCCAACAUCUACCACCGCAGAGACACCAAACCCAACUCUGACUACCACAGUGACUCCAAAACCAACACCUACUACCACAGAAACAUCAUCCCCAAUAUCUACUACCACACAGACUACUACACCAACACCUAGUCCAGGUCCCUCCACUCAAACAUCUACCACCACAGAGACACCAACACCAACCCUAACAACCGUAGUGACUCCAACCCCCAAACUUACCACCACAGAAACCUCCACUCCAUUAUCUCCUACUACACAGACAACAACAAAACAUGUUUCAGGACACUCCAGUCCAACAUCUAUCCCCACAGAGACUGCAACCCCAACUCUGACUACUACAGUGACUCCAACCCCAACACCUACCAUCAUAGAAACCUCAACUCCAACAUCUCCUUCUUCACAAACUACAACAACAACCACUAGUGUAGGUACCUCUACUCCAGCACCUACCACCACAGAGACACCAAUUCCAACAUCCACUAUCUAUGUGACUUUAACCUCGACUCUUACUACCACAGAAACUUCAACUCCAAUAUCUACUACUACACAGACGACAACACCAACACCUAUUCCAAGUAGCUCUAUUUCAACAUCUACCACGACAGAGACACCAACCCCAACUCUGACCACCACAGUUCCUACAACCCCAACACCUACUACCACAGGGACCUCAACUCCAUUAUCUACUACCACACAGACAACAACUCCAACGCCUAGUCCAAGUCCCUCUACUCCAACAUCUACCACCACAGAGACACCAACACCAACCCCAACAACUGUAGUGACUCAAACCCCAACAGCGACCACCACAGAAAUCUCAACUCCUUUAUCUACUACUACACAGACAACAACAACAACACGUAUUACAGGACCAUCCAGUCCGACAUCUCCCUCAAAAGAAAAACCAACCCCAACUCUGACUACCACAGUGACUCCAAAACCAACACCUACCAUCAUAGAAACAUCAUCUCCAACAUCUCUUUCUACACAAACUACAACAACAACCACUAGUGUAGGUACCUCCACUCCAACAACAAUCACCACAGAGACACCAAUUCUAUCAUCCACUAUCACAGUUAUAUCAACACCCACACCUACUACCACAGAAACCUCAACACCAAUAUCUACUACCACACAGACCACAACACCAAUUCCCAGUCAAAGUACCUCUACUCCAACAUCUACCACCACAGAGACACCAACCCCAACUCAGACUACCACAUUGACUUCAAAACCAACACCUACCAUCAUAGACACAUCAUCUCCAACAUCUCUUUCUACACAAACUACAACAACAACCACUAGUGUAGGUACCUCGACUCCAGCACCUACCACCACAGAGACACCAAGUCCAACGUCCACUAUCACGGUGAUUUCAAGCCCAUCACCUAGUACCACAGAAUCCUCAACUCCAAUAUCUACUACCACACAGACCACAACACCAACACCUAGUCCAAGUACUUCUACUCCAACAUCUACCACCACAGAGACACCAACCCAAACUCUGACCACCACAGUUCCUACAACCCCAACACCAACUACCACAGAAACCUCAACUUCAAUAUCUACUACCACACAGACCACAACACCAACACCUAGUCCAAGUACUUCUACUCCAACAUCUACCACCACAGAGACACCAACCCAAACUCUGACCACCACAGUUCCUACAACCCCAACACCAACUACCACAGAAACCUCAACUCCAAUAUCUACUACCACACAGACCACAACACCAACACCUAGUCCAAGUACCUCUACUCCAACAUCUACCACCGCAGAGACACCAAACCCAACUCUGACUACCACAGUGACUCCAAAACCAACACCUACUACCACAGAAACAUCAUCCCCAAUAUCUACUACCACACAGACUACUACACCAACACCUAGUCCAGGUCCCUCCACUCAAACAUCUACCACCACAGAGACACCAACACCAACCCUAACAACCGUAGUGACUCCAACCCCCAAACUUACCACCACAGAAACCUCCACUCCAUUAUCUCCUACUACACAGACAACAACAAAACAUGUUUCAGGACACUCCAGUCCAACAUCUAUCCCCACAGAGACUGCAACCCCAACUCUGACUACUACAGUGACUCCAACCCCAACACCUACCAUCAUAGAAACCUCAACUCCAACAUCUCCUUCUUCACAAACUACAACAACAACCACUAGUGUAGGUACCUCCACUCCAGCACCUACCACCACAGAGACACCAAUUCCAACAUCCACUAUCUAUGUGACUUUAACCUCGACUCUUACUACCACAGAAACUUCAACUCCAAUAUCUACUACUACACAGACGACAACACCAACACCUAUUCCAAGUAGCUCUAUUUCAACAUCUACCACGACAGAGACACCAACCCCAACUCUGACCACCACAGUUCCUACAACCCCAACACCUACUACCACAGGGACCUCAACUCCAUUAUCUACUACCACACAGACAACAACUCCAACGCCUAGUCCAAGUCCCUCUACUCCAACAUCUACCACCACAGAGACACCAACACCAACCCCAACAACUGUAGUGACUCAAACCCCAACAGCGACCACCACAGAAAUCUCAACUCCUUUAUCUACUACUACACAGACAACAACAACAACACGUAUUACAGGACCAUCCAGUCCGACAUCUCCCUCAAAAGAAAAACCAACCCCAACUCUGACUACCACAGUGACUCCAAAACCAACACCUACCAUCAUAGAAACAUCAUCUCCAACAUCUCUUUCUACACAAACUACAACAACAACCACUAGUGUAGGUACCUCCACUCCAACAACAAUCACCACAGAGACACCAAUUCUAUCAUCCACUAUCACAGUUAUAUCAACACCCACACCUACUACCACAGAAACCUCAACACCAAUAUCUACUACCACACAGACUACAACACCAAUUCCCAGUCAAAGUACCUCUACUCCAACAUCUACCACUACAGAGACACCAACCCCAACUCAGACUACCACAUUGACUUCAAAACCAACACCUACCAUCAUAGACACAUCAUCUCCAACAUCUCUUUCUACACAAACUACAACAACAACCACUAGUGUAGGUACCUCGACUCCAGCACCUACCACCACAGAGACACCAAGUCCAACGUCCACUAUGACGGUGAUUUCAAGCCCAUCACCUAGUACCACAGAAUCCUCAACUCCAAUAUCUACUACCACACAGACCACAACACCAACACCUAGUCCAAGUACUUCUACUCCAACAUCUACCACCACAGAGACACCAACCCAAACUCUGACUACCACAGUUCCUACAACCCAAACACCAACUACCACAGAAACCUCAACUCCAAUAUCUACUACCACACAGACCACAACACCAACACCUAGUCCAAGUAGCUCCACUCCAACAUCUACCACGACAGAGACACCAACCCAAACUCUGACUACCACAGUUCCUACAACCCAAACACCAACUACCACAGAAACCUCAACUCCAAUAUCUACUACCACACAGACCACAACACCAACACCUAGUCCAAGUAGUUCUACUCCAACAUCUACCACCACAGAGUCACCAAAUCUAACCUCGACUGCCACAGUGACUUUAUCUCCAACAUCUACUGCUACAGAGACUUUAACAUCUACAACACAGAGCACAACAGCAACGCCUUUCAAAGACAUUUUCACUACUAGAUCUACCAGUAUCCAGACACCAAGCCCAGUCCCCACUACCACGUUCCCUCCAACUUCAACACCUUCAACCACAGAGUCAUCAACCUCAACUUCUACGACCACACCAAUUCUACCCUCUUCCCCUCCUGUUACUGCUACCACCAUCACACUUUCCCCAAGCCCAACCUCCACUUCCAUCAUCACAGAGACUUCAAUCCCAUCUACCACCACUUUAGAGACACCGAUCCCAACCUCUACCUCCACUGAAAACACAACUCCAACAUCUUCUACUAGCCAAACUCCUUCCAAAUCUCCAACGAAACCAUCAACACCUGUGACCACUGUGUUCCCCUCUUCCCCACCCACGGAGUCCAUCAUCAUUCUUAGCACCCCUGCUACUACCAUAGUAACAUCUAGCACUGCAUCGUCACCUGGAACAUCACCAUCCAUCACUUCGUCAGCGGGCAGUACACCUUCUUCACCUCCAGGACCAACACUGGGGCCCUCCACCACUGCUUCCGGCACAUCUACUUCCUCAAGGACCACAACAGGACAAACUUCACCCACCACAAGACCACCCUCCACAUCCACCCCUACAUCCUUCACUGUGCCAGUAUCUACCACGGAAACCACACCAACUACUUUGGAGACCACCAGGACCUCUUCUUGGGGCACAAUCUCCUCAGCCUCCCCAAUCACCUCUCCCAUCACUGACUGGACCAGUGUCGACACCUUGGUUACCUGCUGUGUUUUGAAUGACACGUACUAUGGCCCAGGUGAACUGGUCUACAACAAUACCUAUGGGAACACUUGUUAUUAUGUGAACUGCUCUGUGGAGUGCAAACUCCAAAUCUUCAAAUGGCCCUGUCCAUCUACUCCCUCAACUUCUACACCAUCAACACCAACGUCCUCCCCGACAACCACACCCUCCACACCAUCUACCACAUCUUCAAAGUCUACACCGUCCACACCAUCAUCUACCACAUCUUCAAAGUCUACAUCCUCCACAACAUCCAAGUCAACAACCACAACCUCCACUCCUGGGUGGUGCCUCGACUUUGAUCCUCCUAGACAGGAGAAUGAGACCUGGUGGCUAUGUAACUGUACCAUGGCCAUUUGCAAGCAUGACAACGUAGUGGAGCUUGUGGAGCGGAAGUGCGAACCCCCGCCCAUGCCUACCUGCUCCAAUGGCCUGAAGCCUGUGCGUGUCAUCGACCCUGAUGGCUGCUGCUGGCACUGGGAGUGUGACUGCUACUGCACUGGCUGGGGGGACCCGCACUUUGUCACCUUCGAUGGGCUCUACUACAGUUACCAGGGUAACUGCUCCUAUGUCCUAAUGGAGGAGAUUACCCCCACGGUGGACAACUUUGGGGUCUACAUUGACAACUACCAUUGUGAUGUCAGUGACGAGGUAUCCUGCCCCCGCACACUAAUUGUGCGUCACGAGACCCAGGAAGUGCAGAUCAGGACUCUGCAAUUGAUGCCCAUUGUGGUGCAGGUACAGGUGAACAAGCAGGUAGUGGCUCUGCCCUACCAGAAGUUUGGGGUGCAGGUAUACGAAUCUGGCAUCAACUAUGUGGUAGACAUCCCCAGGCUGGAAGCUCAGAUCACCUACAACGGCCUGUCUUUCUCCAUCCGGCUGCCCUACCACCUCUUUGGCAACAACACAAAGGGCCAGUGUGGCACAUGCACUAACAGUACUGAAGAUGACUGCAUCCUGCCCAGCGGGGAGAUCAUCUCCGACUGUGAGGUUGCUGCUGACGAGUGGUUGGUGAAUGACCCCUCCAAGCCACACUGUCCCCACAGCAGCUUCACCACCAAGCGCCCAGCCGUCACGACAGCAGGGUUCUUGCCACCUGAGAACUGCACUGUGUCUCCUAUCUGCGAGCUCAUCAAGAGCAGCCUGUUCUCUGAGUGUCACCCCUUCGUGCCUCCAAAGCACUACUAUGAAGCCUGCCUGUUUGAUAGCUGCUUUGUGCCUAACUCUACUUUGGAGUGUGCCAGUGUACAGGCCUAUGCAGCCCUCUGUGCCAAGGAAGGCACCUGCGUUGACUGGCGGAACCGUACUCAGGGGGCCUGCUCUGUGGAGUGUCCACCUCACAAGGAGUACAAGGCCUGUGGCCCUGCAGAAGAGCCCACCUGCCAGUCCAGUGCCUCCCAGAAUUUCACAAUCUUGGUGGAAGGCUGCUUCUGUUCUGAAGGCACCACAAAGUUUUCCCCUGCCAUUGAUGUCUGUGUGAAGACUUGUGGCUGUGUGGGACCUGACAAUGUGCCCAGAGAGAUUGGAGAGCGGUUUGAGUUUGAUUGCCAGGACUGUGUUUGCCUAGAGGGUGGAAAGCGCAUUGUCUGCACUCCAAAGAUAUGUGCUGGGGAGAACCGGACCACAUGCGAGGAGGAAGGCACUUACCUUGUCGAAGAGCUCGACCCAGAAAACAAGUGCUGCAACAAAACCACAUGUAAGUGUGACACCAAACUAUGCAGUGCGGAACCUCACUCUUGCUCGCUGGGAUUCGAAGCCAAGAGCAAAAUUGUGCCUGGAAAAUGCUGUCCAAAUGUCUCCUGUGAACCCAAGGGUGUGUGUGUGCACGGGAAUGCUGAAUACCAGCCUGGAUCUCCAGUGUACUCCACCAAGUGCCAGGAAUGUGUAUGCACCGACUCCAUGGACAAUGCCACCCAGGUCAACUACAUCUCCUGUACGCAUGUGCCCUGCAACAUCUCCUGCAGCUCUGGCUUUGAGCCUGUGGAAGUCCCUGGGGAGUGCUGCAAGAAAUGUCAGCAGACCCACUGCAUCAUUGAGAAGCCAGGCCAGCAGUAUAUCAUCCUGAAGCCCGGGGAGAUACAGAAAAACCCCAACGACCACUGUACCUUCUUCAGCUGCUUGAAAAUCAACAACCAGCUCAUCUCCUCUAUCUCCAACAUCACCUGCCCCGACUUCAACGCCGAUGAAUGUGUUCCGGGCUCCAUCACGUACAUGCCAAAUGGCUGCUGUAAGACCUGUAUUCCUAAAAACAACACCGCAGUCCCUUGCUCUCUCAUCCGUGUCAAGAAGGAGAUUUCCUACAAUGGCUGCUCCAAGAAUGUCUUCAUGAACUACUGUUCGGGCUCCUGUGGGACUUUCGCCAUGUACUCUGCCCAGGUCCAGGAUCUGGAUCACAGGUGCUCUUGCUGCAAGGAGGAGAGGACCAGCGAGCGCCAGGUGACCCUGGAAUGUCCAGAUGGCAGUGAGCUGAGCCACACCUACACGCACAUUGAGAGCUGUCUCUGCCAGGACACCGUCUGUGCGCUCCCCCAGGCCCAGAAAGUCCGCGUCAGGCGUUCCAGUCCCCGACUUCUGGGAAGGAAGUGAAUGGGUUCUACCAUGUUCCUCCCUUCCCGUCUCGCACCAUGCUGCUAACCCUCUGAGCUCCCUCCUCUUCUAGCUUGGCUUCUUCUCUGCAGAUAUUUAUUUUCAGAGUUUCUGUUCCAUCCCUUGCUUUAUGUUAAUAAACUCAGGCAUAGCCAA